CAGCGCGGCCUGGCUCUUUUUUUGACUAGCCCCAGUUGUUCCUUCUUUUUCUACCCCCAUAUCCCCCCUUUCCAUCCCACACAGACUGCCCACUUCUUCUUGACCCUCCACGCAACGACCACCCACCUGUCCGAUUAUUCCUUUUCUUUAUUGCUCCCUUACCCGUCACCGAACCUCGUUUUCGUGGCGAUAGGCUUCUCUUCAUCUUCUCCCCCCCCUUCCCAUUGUUCGGACGCGUCCUGCUUGCGUCCUCGCCCUCACCAUCGUUGUUUCCGUCUCGCACAACGACGCACCAUCUGGGCCUCCUCCUUCGGACCAGCCCGUUUCGUGUAUCAGCGGAUCCUCAAACCUGACCACUUGCCCCACGGCUGUGUCUGGCUUUGGCCCGCCCGUCCCUCGUUAGCUUAACCCACAUCGAGACCAACCACAAUUCCGCCCGGCACCACUUCAAGAGACAUCUACCCCCUUUCAACCCAGAUCGAGCCACCUGCGACCCGAUCCAUGUUUGUCGACGUCUAGAACACACUCGUCUUUAGACACACUGCUCCCUCCUACUUCUCUCCCGCCUCGACCUGCUUUCGCCACAGCUUGACCUGGCCAGAGAAAGAACCACAACAGGACAGGAAACCCAGGGAUCUCAAAAUCAUGGGUGCCAUGAUGCCUCCCCCACAACGCCUCUUCAACAUGCGGAGUCCCUUCUCCAGGGCCAUCCUGCUGGCCGUCGUGGUGCUCCUGCUCUUUGUCAUGACGAUGAAGCAGAACACCUACGAUGUCCGCUCCGCCGUUAUGAAGGCUGCCAACACCGCCAAGCAGACCAUGACCACACAGCACCCCCUCGACUCGUCCGCCAACGCAUAUGGCGUCGACGACAACCGCUGGCAGGACGUCCCAUCCAACAGCUCCGCCCUGAUGAACUGCAACUACGACACCAAGCACCUGAAGGAGCUCCAGGACAGGUACGAGCUGGGCGAGCAGUUCGAGUACUUCAAGCGAUACGUCAAGGUCUCGCGUCAAGACGUCGAGAGGAAGACCAUGACCAAGCUUGACCAGCGAUUCCUCCCCAACACCGCCAAGACGGUCGACUUGGGCAAGAAGAACCUGAACGAGCAGUGCCCCGAGCCGCUUGUCUUGCCCGUCACCAAGUCGCCCGUCCCUGACACCGCUAACCUCACUGACUUCAUCUUCGGCGUUUCCACCACCUACAAGCGUUUCACCGAGCCCGAGACGAGCCCCAUCAACGAUUGGAGCUACUGGCUCACGGACAACCACGGCAACUCCAACGGCGGGAAGAUGGUCUUGCUACUGCUCGACGCCAGUGACGAUGAGCUGUACGAUGCCUGGGACCGCCUUCACAAGAUUGGGAUUGACGCCGAUGUCUUCCACUCUGACAGCUCCAUGGAGAUGGCCGUCCGCUACCUGACUUUGGUCCCAACCCUCUACAACCACCGUGAGCGACCCAACAAGAAGUGGCUCGUCCUCUGCGAUGACGACACCUUCUUCCCCUCUCCCCAUGCACUCAGCGAGCGCAUGUCUGCGAUUGACUCCAGCCGCCCUCUCUACGUUGGAACCUUCUCCGAGGAUGUGAACCAGGUUCAGCGUCACGGCUCCCAGGCUUUCGGCGGUGCCGGUGUCUUUAUCUCGAUGCCGGUCGGUGAGAUGAUCAACGAGCUUUACGAGACAUGCAAGACACCCCAGAAGCUGCAGGAGGCCGAUUCUGGCUGGGGCGCCCAGGGAGACAUUCUCCUGCGGAAGUGCAUCUACGAGAACAGUGAUGUUCGAUUGACCCUUGAGAACGACCUGUGGCAGCUGGAUCUCUACGAGGACCCCUCGGGCUUCUACGAGAGCGGAAUCAAGCCUCUGUCACUGCACCACUACCGUGGUGGCGGCUGGCACUUCGCUUACCCAUUCGAGUACACCAAGAUUGCCCACCUCUGCGGCGAGGACUGCACCAUGCAGCGGUUCAUGACCGAGGAUGACUUUGUCAUCUCUACUGGUUACAGCAUCGCGCAAUACCCCGAAGGUGCCAACUACAACUGGGACCAGAUGGAGCGAACCUUCACCCCCGCCCCCGAGGACCACGGCUGGAACCUGGACCACGCCUUCGGCCCCCAGCGCUCGUCGCUGCUGCGGACUGGCGAGAAGAUUGCCUGGGAUCUGAAGACGGCGAACGUCAACGAGGACGGAACCGUCACACAAAUCUACGUCCGGAAGGCAAAGGACCCUCGAUGGGUCGACGCUGAGGGCUGGCCAAUGAGCCAGGUUGACGGUGUGAUUGAGCUCGUCUGGCUCCCAUGAAACUUCUAACUGUUGUCGACCUUCUUCUUCUUCCCCAUUAUUACUCUUACGUCAAUUACGCUCGGCCGGACCGUCCAUUCAAGGAGUUUCUUGAGUUGUGCUCGGACUUUUUAUUAUGACAACAUUUUGGCUCAACUCUGCCGGAUCGUGUCAGGGCGCUGUAGUGCGCCUUCGGUGCGAUGGCGCGCGAAACCUUGGUCGCGCCAGCUUGGGACGAGUCCUUGGCGAUACACCGGACGAGCCGUCGGCCCAAUUUACCCGCGCCGCUACAAACGCCCGUCAACUACGUGACAGCUCAGAAGGUCGACCAAGAGAAGCCGCGAAAUCUACCAAACAGCCGGAACCAGAAGCUACUGAAACACCAACACCGUGUGAUCAUUCGCCAUGUUGUGGACAACUUUUAGCCAGUAGCGAUUCCACGAUUCGGCUGCUUUCAAAGGCCUCGCUUUUCGCUGUCACGGCCGCGGUCUACCUGAAACGGGACAGGGUGGCCGCGUCAGCCCAUCCACCAGUCAUGCACCAUGGCGAACCGGUAAUGCGUAAUUCUCCAAGGGGGAUUCUCCUACCACAAAUCAUCGAUUCUAUUUUGUCACGCUAUCAACCAAACACAUUUACGAGGACAGACGGAUGUGCAUUGCAUACGGCGGCGAAUUCGGAUACAGCCGCCAGGCGUUUGGCAGAUCUCUUACACCUUCUUCCACCGACCUAAAACAACCACAAAGACAUCAUUUGGUGUCGAACUGUAUAUACCAUUGGUCACUUUUGAGAUAACGGGGGCGUGGGGCGAUCGUUCUGGGAUAGAUGGAGCUCUGGGUCCGGUCUUGCUUUUCUGGGGUGGGUUGGUGCAGCGAACGCCCAUUAUGGCUAGGCUUGUGUACAAAUUGGAUCACACUGAUUCUGGAAACCCCGGGAGCUUACUGGCAAAGAAGCUCUGUUGGAUGUAAAUAUCUUUUGGGAGAUGCAAGAAGCAUCCUCACAAUCAUAGGGCGGGGUAAAUAUCUAUAGAAAGAAAUACCAGCCAAGACC